GGAGGACGCAGAAUAAAGUCGGGGAGGCAGUAUACUAUACCGGCGCGGCUGUGCUGCGUAGCAGUGCGUGCUCCACUGUUCCCACGUCGCGUCGAGGCAUCGGUUCGAGCGAGCGCGAGACGGGGCUCGAUUCCGUCGCCUCCUGUGACAGCAGCCACCGCCCACCGCCGCCGCCGCUCUCUGGCUGCUUCUCGUUGGCUCGUGGUUGCGGACUCGCGGCAGAGAGUCGGUUGCCUGAUAGUGUGCUAACCCUGCCUUUUAGCCUGGGAGCACGCUACUGCUACUUUCCCCAAUCCAAUCCAAUCCAAUCCUCGCCCGCGUUGGUUCGCUCGAUCGGCGCGGCGCGGCGCGGAGCGGAUGGAGACGCUCAGGAAGCAGGCGAGCAAGCUCCGGGAGCACGUGGCCAAGCAGCAGCAGGCUGUUCGAAAACAGUUCAGUGCACGGUAUAAUCAGGAUCCUUCUCUUGUUGAUGAGGCAGAACUUGAGUGCCACCAGAAUCUUCAGAGGCUAUACAAUAGUACAAGAGCUGCUAAACAUUUUCAACGAAGUAUUGUACGAGGUGUCGAGGGCUUCAUUGCUGUGAGCACCAAACAGAUGGAGAUUGUGAAAAGGCUUGCUGAGGACUGUUGCAGAUAUGGAAACGACAAUAAAAAUUUUGGUUUUGUUCUUGCAAGGGCUUCGGUUGAGUUUGGUAAUUCCCAUAACCAAAUGGAGAGAGAGCGGGCAAAUCUUCUUAAAUUUCUUGGAGAGCAGGUUUUUGAGCCUCUUCGAGAAAUGAUAAUGAGUGCUCCUCUUGAAGAUGCCCGCUUGUUAACUUACCGUUAUCAACGGAUCAGACAAGAUAUGGAAUCUCAGAUAGCUGAUGUGAUGAGAAAGCAACUGAAGUCCAAGGAGAGUAGUGGUAAUGCAGAUAAUUCUGUGAAACUGCAACAUGCAGAAUCAAAAUUAUCUGAGCUCCGAACUACAUUAUCAGCGCUAGGAAGAGAGGCAACUGCAGCUAUGGAGGCUGUGGAGGUCCAGCAACAGCAGGUUACCUUUGACCGUCUCCUUGCAAUGGUCGAUGCUGAGAGAGCCUAUCAUCAAAAUGCUGCUGAUAUUCUGAACAAACUUCAUGAUGAGAUGGUCAAUGCAAAACACAAUAGUGAGCCGGAAAACCAUUACGACGAGACAUCAUCCGAGCCUAAAACACCCCCAACACAUGAGCAUUCACGUAGUGCAUCUGAAGAUCACAUAUUUACUAAGACUGGCGAACCUACAACGACUGAAACUAGUGAACCUACAAGGAAUGGUCAGGAAGUGCAUUACGUUGGAGAGGUAAUCCAUCCAUUUGAUGCUCAGGCUGAUGGCGAGCUCACUAUUUCCGUGGGAGAUUAUGUUGUGGUCCGCCAGGUGGCUCCCAAUGGGUGGUCUGAAGGGGAAUGCAAAGGAAAAGCUGGCUGGUUCCCAUCUGCCUAUGUGGAGCAGAGGGACAAAGCCCCGGCAAGUAAGGUGAUAGAGCCUGGAUUGCUGACUACUUGAUCUCUCUCAUACUAAUAGUUGCUUUCAUCGCCCUGUUUUAUGGGAUAUUUCUUGAGUGAAUAGCAUUUUGUAGAACUCUACCUUUCUGUGCAUAUUCCUGUGCUUCUAGGUUUUCUGUUGCCCAAUAAUUGUAUGUAAAAUUUAGUGUUUUGCCUUUAGCAUCUGGUUUUCUCUUUCUUUCACAAUGUAUAGAGCUAUUGGUCCUGGGAUGCUGUAACCUUCC